AAGGGAGUGUUGGACAGUCAGUGGACCAAACAGAAGGCACUGUGCAUGUCGCCCAAGGAGAGGUUAUCUCGCUCAACUGUUCCUACAAAGGGACUGUCUACUAUCUGUUCUGGUACAUUCAGCAUCCAGGCCAACCUCCCAAGCUUUUCCUGAGUAGCUAUGACCCACAAGCUGAUGGGGCUCUUCUUGGCUUCAAAGCCGAGCAGAAGACAGACAAGAAAGAUGAGGGGACCUUCAACAUGGAGAAGCCUGCCAGCCAGCUGAAUGACUCUGCUGUCUAUUUCUGUGCC